AUGCCCAGCUCCUGCAAAGAAUUGCGCGCGGCUCUCGCGCAAUGCCUCCAGGAAUCCGACUGCGUCAUGGUCCACCAGAACAGCGCCUCCGACUGCCUCCGCGAACCCCUCGUCAACACCCUCCCUACAAAGUGCCAGCAGCUCAAGAAGGGCUUUGGCGAGUGCAAGCGCGGCAUGGUCGACAUGCGCAAGCGCUUCCGCGGCAACAUGCCCGUCAACUACAAGACCAUGAACGACGCCGAGUCGGGCAAGGGCUACCAGUUGUACGCCGGACGGCCGGCCUUCGCUGGUGGCAGGGGCGAGACGGACGGCAACGAGCCCAUGCCCAAGGACUGGAGGGAGGUGGAGAACGAGAAGUACCGGGCCGAGCAGGCUGAGGCGCAAAAGAAGUGA